AUGAAUGUGCAGAAGAAUGUGAGACUGACACUAGCCACUGCUUGUCGUCUGCAGGGUGGAUCUGAUGAGAGUCUGACAGCAGAGGAGCAGAUGUACAUUCUGUAUGACAUUAAACUCCAAUGCCACCAGAACCUCUCCACCCGCGACCCUGCAGAUGACCUUUGCCCCCCUGGUUGGGACGGCCUGGUUUGCUGGCCUCAGGGUUACCCAGGAGCUGUCACCAAGGUCCCCUGCCCCAGCUAUGUCUACGACUUCAACCACAAAGGUCAUACCUACAGGAAGUGUGACAUCAAUGGGUCGUGGGUGUUUGUGGAGAGCCUGAACAGGACGUGGCCUAACUACUCAGAGUGUCUGGGCCCUGGGUUUAUGAAGCCAAGCAACGAGAGAGGGAAACAGAACUUCUUUGAGCGGCUGUAUGUCAUGUACACUGUGGGCUAUGCUGUGUCCUUCAGCUCUCUACUAGUGGCUAUCUUCAUCAUUGGAUACUUCAGGCGUCUCCACUGUACCAGGAAUUAUAUCCACAUCCACCUGUUUGUCUCCUUCAUGCUCCGAGCCAUCAGCAUCUUCGUCAAGGACCGGGUGGUGUACGCCAGCGCCGGCCUGCAGGAGUUUGAUGCGGUGCUCAUGGACAACUUCAAGACUGUGGCCAUGGCGCCACUGGACAACUCUCAAUAUAUUGGUUGUAAAGUGACAGUGCUGCUGUUCAUCUAUUUCUUGGCGACUAACUACUACUGGAUCCUAGUGGAGGGCCUGUACCUCCAUAGUCUCAUCUUCAUGGCCUUCCUCUCUGACACAAAGUACCUGUGGGGUUUCACCCUCAUUGGAUGGGGUGUUCCAGCUCUGUUCGUGGCAACAUGGGCAGUUGUCCGGGCAACACUAGCAGAUGGAAGGUGCUGGGAGUUAAGUGCUGGGAACAUUAAGUGGAUAUACCAGGUUCCCAUUCUGACAGCCAUCGGACUCAACUUUAUCCUUUUUGUGAACAUUGUGCGAGUGCUGGCGACAAAGAUCAGGGAGACCAAUGCAGGGAGAUACGACACAAGAAAACAGUACAGGAAGCUAGCUAAGUCCACCCUAGUGCUGGUGCUGGUGUUUGGGGUCCACUACAUUGUGUUUGUGGGGAUGCCUCACACCUUCCAGGGCCUCAGCUGGGAGGUCAGGAUGUACUUCGAGCUCUUCUUCAACUCCUUCCAGGGGUUCUUUGUAUCCAUCAUCUACUGCUACUGCAAUGGAGAGGUCCAGGCAGAGAUCAAAAAGACGUGGACUCGUUGGAACCUGGCGUUUGACUGGAAAGGUCCGGUGGUGUGUGGCAGGUACCGCUACGGCUCGGUGCUCACAGUGCUCAACAACAGCACCAUCAGCCAGUCCCAGCUGGCCGGGAUUGGCCCUGCCACCCGAUCCACCACCCUCUUCUCCAGCCAGGUCUACCGGAGCAACGGACCCCCUACACUCAGCACCCAUGCCACCCUGCCUGGCUACGUCAUUAGUAACUCAGACCCAGACAGCCUCCACCCCUCCAUCCCUGAGGAACCAGAGGAGGACAGUGCCAAGCAGGUGGAUGACAUCUCUCUGAAGGAGACGCUGCCUGUACUUAACAGUAGCAUGACCGCAGAUGAUGAUGAGGAGACGCUGUAGACAAGGGGAGAUACGGGAGGAUUUCCUGAAUAUUUAUAAUAUAUAUCUUGGCUGGGAAAAACACCAGGCCUUUGGAACAGGGACCAAAGACUCCUGGCCCUAGACUUGGAACCGCAUGUACAUUCAUAGAGAUACAAAUGUAUUAGUGCUGUGCAGGUUGACUCAUAACCCGCAGUCCCCGCGGUUAUAUCCGCAAGGCGGGUGGGUUUAGGGUCCUUAAUUAUUGUGUGGAUGAAGGGUCGGAUUGAAUGGGUUAGCGUAUAACGCGAGCGUCUACAUACAGAGUAAUAUGAAAUGCUCUGAGACCAGUUUGUGAGAGAAUGCAAAUAUUCAGUUAGAUACCAUCUGUAGAGGUGCUAAAUUUAUCAGCGUCCUAAAAGCUGAUAGUAUUUUAACCACAUAAAAAAUGCAUCCAAGCCGAACUGAAAUCUUAUCAGAAACAUGUUGGGUCAUUUUCAUAGCUUUCUAUUUCCUUACAACUGGUCAAACUGAUGUCAUUGGAAAAUGUUGCACAGAAAUCUUUCCAGCUUUUUUUUUGUUUAUUGUGUUUUCUCCCCGCUCUCUAAAUGUCUGCUCUGACGCUGAGAACUUUACCGAUGUCAACUAGAUUGAAGCAUUAAUUUUUAUCGAUUUAUGACAUUAUUUUGGUGAGCAAGGGUUUAUUUAGUAUUCAAGGGUAACAUAUUAAUGACGAGAGAAGUUGCAUGUAUCGAACUAUGGACAAGUUGGCUAACAAAUAGCCUACCAAAAUGUCAGAAAAUAUAAGCAGAAACAUAUCUAAAUCAGGGGGGAAAAAACCUUAACCCCCUGUCCCCAAAAAAUUCUACCAUCUCUGACUGUAGCCUACAGCACAUUUAUAUAUUAGCAGGUUUGGGUCGGGUGUGGGCCUCAGAUUUUCAUUUUAUCACAUAUUGAGUGUUGAGUGGUUGUGGAUGGGUUAUUAACAAUUGUGUGCCGAACAAACAGCUGACUAUCACAUACUGUACAGGUAUAAAAACAUACAUUAGGCCUACAGUAUAUAGAUACAUACAGUAGACCUAUAUGGAUACAUACAGUAGGCCUACAGUAUAUAGAGACAUACAGUAGGACUAUAUGGAUACAUACAGUAGGCCUUUAUGGAUACAUACUGUACAGUAUACCUAUAUGGAUGUAUACAGUAGGCCUUUAUGGAUAUAUACAGUAGGCUUAUAUGGACAUAUACUGUACAGUAGGCCUAUAUGGAUACAUACAGUAGGCCUUUAUGGAUACAUACUGUACAGUAGACCUAUAUGGAUGCAUACAGUAGGCCUUUAUGGAUACAUACUGUACAGUAGACCUAUAUGGAUGCAUACAGUAGGCCUUUAUGGACAUAAACAAUAGACCUAUAUGGACACAUACUGUACAGUAGGCCUGUAUGGAUACAUACUGUUCAGUAGGCCUAUAUGGAAACAUACAGUAGGCCUAUAUGGAUGCAUACAGUAGGCCUUUAUGGAUACAUAAAAUAGGCCUAUAUAUAUACAUACAGUAGGCCUUUAUGGAUACAUACAGUAUGCCUAUAUAGAUACAUACAGUGCGCCUAUAUGGAUACAUACAGUAUGCCUAUAUGGAUACAUACAGUAUGCCUAUAUAGAUACAUACAGUAUGCCUAUAUAGAUACAUACAGUAGGCCUAUAUAGAUACAUACAGUAUGCCUAUAUGGAUACAUACAGUAUGCCUAUAUAGAUACAUACAGUAUGCCUAUAUGGAUACAUACAGUAUGCCUAUAUAGAUACAUACAGUAUGCCUAUAUAGAUACAUACAGUAGGCCUAUAUGGAUACAUACAGUAUGCCUAUAUAGAUACAUACAGUAUGCCUAUAUGGAUACAUACAGUGUGCCUAUAUAGAUACAUACAGUAUGCCUAUAUGGAUACAUACAGUGCGCCUAUAUGGAUACAUACAGUGCGCCUAUAUGGAUACAUACAGUAUGCCUAUAUGGAUACAUACAGUGCGCCUAUAUGGAUACAUACAGUAGGCCUCUAUGGAUACAUACAGUAGGCCUCUAUGUAUACAUACAGUAGGCCUCUAUAGAUACAUACAGUAGGCCUAUAUGGAUACAUACAGUAUGCCUAUAUGGAUACAUACAGUAUGCCUAUAUGGAUACAUACAGUGCGCCUAUAUGGAUACAUACAGUAGGCCUCUAUGGAUACAUACAGUAGGCCUCUAUGUAUACAUACAGUAGGCCUCUAUAGAUACAUACAGUAUGCCUAUAUGGAUACAUACAGUAUGCCUAUAUAGAUACAUACAUGCAAAAAAUACAAAUGUUCAUUGCUUUAUCCAUGUGAUUUUGGGCCAAGGAUCCAUGUUUUCUGCCAAACACUCCCCAGUUGUUGACAAUCAGACAUUCCAUCCUUUAGGGGAGGUGAGGGCUAAAGUCAGUACUAAGGGCUAGAGGAACUGACUGCAUCAUGUGUCUGUUUGUGCAAAGCAUGAUUUUUUAAAAUCCAAAAUUACAUUUGACUGACUAACAGAUGUUUGGAUGCCAACAGUAUUUUGUUUCCCCCCUUGUCAAGCUGAGUUCUAUCCAGUCUAGAAAAAUACCUUUAAAAAAAGCACAUUUCUCUCAGAGUCUGGCUUGUUGUUGGCUUACGUGAUUACAGUCAUGUCUCAGUGAUAUUUGUUGUUCUCUUCUCUGUUUACUUGUGAUAAAUGUUAUUUCACUGCUCCCUGUU